AAAACACAAUUGAUUAGUGGCGCUAGUGUAUGUAUAUUGUUUGGUUGGUUGGAUUGCCAAUUUUUUUUUUUUUUCUUUCUUUUUUGUUUGAUAAAAAAAUCAUCAAUAAUGGCAGAGGUAGACGAAACUUUGAAGAAAAAGAGAACCUUCAGGAAGUUCACCUUCCGAGGUGUUGAUCUUGAUCAACUCUUGGAUAUGCCCAAUGAACAACUUAUGGAUUUGAUGCAUGCUCGUGCAAGAAGACGUUUUUCUCAUGGUUUAAAAAGAAAACCAAUGGCUCUUGUAAAAAAAUUACGUAAAGCCAAAAAAGAAGCACCACCACAUGAAAAACCAGAAAUUGUCAAGACUCAUCUUCGUAAUAUGAUAAUUGUACCAGAAAUGGUUGGUUCAAUUGUUGGUGUUUACAAUGGUAAAACAUUUAAUCAAGUUGAGAUUAAACCAGAAAUGAUUGGACAUUAUCUUGGUGAAUUUUCAGUAACAUAUAAACCUGUUAAACAUGGUAGACCAGGUAUUGGUGCUACUCAUUCAUCACGUUUUAUUCCUCUCAAAUAAAAUGUUAUUCUUGUACUUUAUCAAUAAAUCAAUUUGAAUACAUUUAAAAUUA